AUGACAACAUUAGAGAACACAACAACAGUUAUAGUCCAUGAAGCCAUUAAUGAAGAAUACGAGUACAUACAGUAUAACAAACAGUUACGUCUCAUUCGUUCAGUCAAAGAUGAUAUGUACCAAAUGCAAAGUAUAAUGAAUGCUCUUCGUUCUACAAAGCAAGCAUAUCAUUGGUUUGAAAACCAACAGACAAAAGAACUUUUAGAAGAAUUUCCUCAUAUGAUUGCUUCCCUCGGAAAACCGAGGGAAGAGAUUCCGUAUGAAAAUCGCAAGAAUUUGGCUCCUGGUUUGAAAGGUUAUUAUGUUCAUAGACUUUUAGUAAAUGCUGUAGCAAUGUGGACUUCACCUCGUUAUGCUUGUUAUAUUUUCAUGAUGUUAGAUGAACUAUAUAAAGCAGAACGUGGAGAGAUGGAAAAGAAACUUCAAGCAAAAGAUGAAGUCAUUGAAUCCAAAGACAAAAGCAUACAGAAAAGAAUACCACGUUCGGUACCAAAAGGAAAGGAAAAGAGUUAUAAGUAUAUGAUUUAUACUGAAGAGUUGGAGAAAGAAGAAGAUAGAGAUAUGGUUAUGUUGCAUUUAGUCAGAAGAAACAACACAGGAGGAAGGUAG